AUGGAGACCAUCGAGCAAGGGAUAACCUUAAAGGAGGAUAUGUCUGAAGGAUCUGACCUCCUGUAUAUUACCUGGGGGACCGUAAAUAAGCUGAGAGUUGGAGUGCCUAAAGGUAAAACCAAGAUGCUCAAGUGGAAGUUCUUAGCAGAUAACAACCCGCUGUGUGAAUGUGGAAAAAUGCGGAGUAUGGCUUAUUGGCAAGAAGGUGGCUUCACUUUGCUGAACUUUGUCCUGUUCCUGAAUACUGUGAGGGUUCUGGCCACAAAAAUUUGGGAAACUAAUGCUGUUGGCUACGAUGUCAGAAAGCAAUACAGAAAACUAGCAAAAUCCACUUUAAUUUUGACCUUCGUCUUUGGCGUGCAUUACAUUGUCUUUGUGUGCCUACCUCACACCUUCACUGGGUUGGGCUGGGAGAUCCGGAUGCACUGUGAACUCUUCUUCAACUCAUUCCAGGGAUUUUUUGUCUCUAUCAUCUAUUGCUACUGUAAUGGAGAGGUGCAGGCUGAGCUCAAGAAGACAUGGGCUAAGUGGCACUUGGCCAUGGACUGGAAGAGGACUGUUCCUUGUGGGAAUUCUCACUGUGGUUCUGUCCUCACUAACGUGACUCAGAGCACCAGCAGCCACGCUCACAUGGGUGCCAGCUCCCGCAUGAGGCUAGUUUCCAGCAAGGCAUGCAGGAAUCGCCCAGGGCAGAACGAUGCCCAUAUAAACUUGCCUGGGUAUGUUAGAAGCAACUCUGAACAUGACUGCAUUCCCCAGUGGGCUCAGGAAGAGGCUGAUGAAGAGGAAGAGAAGAGGCUGGAUGGUAUUUCUCUCAAAAAACCUUCUAGACUUCAGAACAAUCAUGCAUCUUUUCUUGAGGAAGAAGCGAACCAAGUGGAAAUAGAGGCAUCGCUUUAAAAGUUCGGGGGGCAGGGAAAGGAUUACAAAUGUGAAAAUGCCAUCACAACUUUUAUUUCGACUCACCUAAUCCAGACCCAUGUACAGAAUUUCUUAGCCAGAGACUUUCUCCAACCAGUAAUGUAUCCAAAAUCAUGUUGAGUGGAGAUUAUGGUUCUUCAACAUCUGAACUCUGAUCUCUUCAUAAUGACUUUUUGUUGCAUGAUAUUUGUGUGUUAGCAAGAAGCAAAGGUUCUUACAAUGAUAACAUUUAAAUACCG